AUGCACUUUACAUAUUGCACGCCGGGACUGAUCCCGUAUGCUGCUCGCACUGUGAGCACCUUGCAAAUCUACUCCGUGAAGAUUGUUGGAACAGAUGGAAAGUUGAAGUUGCCACUCCAUGUUUAUGGGAUUGUCGCUGCCCGAGAUGCCGUGGACUACAACCGCAACAUUCUCUUCUCUUGGCGAAGGGAAAACUGCCAAAAACUCACUCCAGAGGAUCCUUUUUUGCGCUUGACUGGCCUGUCCCGUGCAAUUGUGGCUGUGUACCAUGUUGAUUUUGAAGUCCAACUGAAAGUAAAGGGCUCAUCAAGGUCUCGCGACAGAGCAUUGAUGAGUCAUUGCUUUACUUACGCCGGUGGUUACCAUGAAGGUUUACAUACCACGUUCUCCAGCAACAGCUUUUGCACAGUAGAGUUUAGCUAUGAGCGACUUACAGAAACAGUCCAGGCUACUAUCUUGAGUGCGCGUGUUGUUGAAGGGGCGCCUUGGCCUUUUGAAUAUGGCGGACGGAUUAUGUGCUCCUCGCCACCACAGGAAGUUACGGACUCCCUAUCCAGGCAAGUUGUGUUGGUUGAUUCUCAUCGUUCUGAUGAUGGUGGAGAAAUGCCAAUGGGCUCGGAUGGUUACCUUGAUCUGUCAAGGCAUGUUGUUUCUGUAGAACUUGAAGAAAGCCUGCAGUUUGUCAUACAAGCCUACUCACAGUCUGGUGAUGCUAUUGCUAGACAAGGUAGUGUCAGGUUCAGGACCAAAUACUGCAACAUAAGUCGAGCGAUAUGUGAGAUUGAUGACUCUAAGGUGGAGAUAACUGUCGCUUGGUCCCAACUUGCUAAGCACAAGAGGGAUAUCCUCUUAGAAGGACAUGUUUGA